CCGGUCCGCCGCGGGUGAGUGUGGAGGAGAGGCCCAGGUGAGGAGCCAGCGCCCGCGUUCCGGAAGCCCCCUCCCGGGGCCAUGGGGGCACAGGUGAGGCUGCCGCCUGGAGAGCCCUGCCAAGAAGGAUAUGUGCUGUCUCUGGUCUGUCCAAACUCCUUCCAGGCUUGGUGUGAGAUCACAAAUGUGUCACAGCUGCUGGCUUCUCCUGUGCUCUACACGGACCUGAAUUCCAGCAUAAACAACUUGAGCAUUUCAGCAAAUGUAGAAAACAAAUACAGUCUUUAUGUGGGCUUGGUACUGGCAGUAAGUUCAAGUAUUUUUAUUGGCUCCAGCUUCAUCCUGAAAAAGAAGGGCCUCUUGCAACUGGCCAGCAAGGGUGUUACUAGAGCUGGACAAGGUGGACAUUCUUACCUGAAGGAAUGGCUCUGGUGGGUAGGAUUGCUGUCAAUGGGAGCAGGAGAAGCUGCAAAUUUUGCUGCUUAUGCUUUUGCACCUGCCACCUUGGUCACCCCUCUGGGUGCCCUGAGUGUUCUUAUAAGUGCAAUAUUAUCUUCCUACUUUUUAAAUGAACACUUGAACAUUCAUGGGAAAAUAGGCUGCAUAUUAAGUAUAUUGGGGUCAACUGUGAUGGUUAUCCAUGCCCCACAAGAAGAGGAAGUCACAUCUUUGCAUGAAAUGGAAAUGAAAUUGAGAGACCCAGGGUUUAUUUCUUUUGCUGUGAUCAUAACUGUGAUCUCCUUGGUGCUGAUUUUGAUUGUGGCUCCAAAGAAAGGACAGACCAAUAUAUUGGUUUAUAUUUCAAUCUGUUCCUUGAUUGGAGCGUUUUCAGUUUCUUCUGUCAAAGGCCUGGGAAUUGCCAUUAAGGAGCUGAUAGAAUGGAAGCCAGUUUACAAACAUCCCCUGGUCUUUGUUUUGCUGGCUGUACUUGUGCUUUCAGUAACUACACAGAUUAACUAUCUCAACAAGGCACUGGACACCUUUAAUACCUCUCUUGUGACACCCAUUUAUUAUGUAUUCUUCACAUCCAUGGUAGUCACUUGCUCUGCCGUCUUAUUCCAAGAGUGGUAUGGCAUGACAGCUGGAGAUAUCAUUGGGACCCUGAGUGGAUUCUUCACUAUUAUCAUUGGCAUCUUCCUUCUACAUGCUUUUAAAAAUACUGACAUUACUUGGAGUGAGCUUACAUCCACUGCUAAGAAAGAAGCCAUCUCUCUGAAUGUCAAUGAAAACAAUUAUGUUUUACUAGAGAACUUGGAGUGUUCAGCCCCGGGAUACAAUGAUGACGUUACCUUGUUUAGUAGAACUGAUGACUGAAGUCUCUAGAAACACUGAGUUUUAACCAAUAUGAGACACACGAAGAGGAAAAUGAAUGCUUGCUUCCUGGAAGAAAUGCUAGGAAAGUUAGCAUUUUUACAGUUCUAACUAAUUUAGAUGUGAGGCCAAGUAAAAAUGCCAUUUUUUUGGCAGUCGAAUUUGGAAAUCAAAUUCAUUUUCCUCCAGAAGACUUCUGCUGCUUUUCAUUUCUAAAAACUUUGAAAUACUCUCUAAGGAUCAAAGAAGUCAAAGUGCUAUGUGUGUCUCAGAAUAAUCUCCUUCUUCUGGUCACAAUAUCUUUGUCUCUGCCAAGUGGCUCUUCAUUUCUUUGGUGGCUAUUUUUAGACUCACAGUCAUUCACCAAUAUAAAGUUAGCAGCGUUCUGACAGACACAGUAUCAGUCAUAUUCUCCGUUGAGUCAUAAUUUCAAAUUAUUAAAACUGAGAAGAGAGGCCAGGUAUGGUGGUUCACACCUGUAAUCCUAGCACUUUGGGAGGCCAAGGCGGGCAGAUCACUUGAGCUCAGGAGUUUGAGACCACCCUGGGCCACAAGGCGAGACCCUGUCUCUACAAAAAAUACAAAAAUUAAUCAGGCAUGGUGGCACAUGCCUAUAGUCCCAACCACUUGAGGCUGAAGUGGGAGGAUCGCUUGAGUCUGCAAGGUUGGGGCUGCCAUGAGCCCAGGUUGCGCUACUGCGCUCCAGCCUGGGUGACAAAGUAAGACCCUGUCUCAAAAAAGAAGAAAAAGGGCAAGGGGCUUUUGCUUUAAAAAACUUUUUUUAAAAUUGAGAAGUGAGAUCACAGGUGCUUUGUUCUUCCUUCUGCACCUUCCUUCUUAAACUAGAUAAUUAAUUAGUUAUUUUAAGAAAAAAGAAAUUAAAAAAAAAAAGCCUGCUUUAUUUGUUAGUGGGCUAGAAUACACAAGACACAGCCACCCAUAAAGAGUUUAUGAAUUGUGACUCACCGACAUACCAUAAGAAUUUACUACCAGUUAAAGAGGGAGAAUGUAGGAAGAGAAAAGUACUUCACAUAAAGGAAAACGUUUUCUUCUCACAAAAACACAGACGCGUGAUUGUUUUCACAGGUUCCAUUAAUUAACUCAGGUCUGGAAGACAUAGGACAAAAUGGAGUUUCUGAAGAAGUCCGGGUGAAUUCAGCUUUGGAGGCACUUAUGUUCAUUUUUUUUUUCCUUUCUUUUAGUAUUAUCCUAAAGGUUAUUUUUCUUGUUGAUAUAGAGAUUUUUGUAAAAGAUUGCUACAUUAUUCAGGAUUGUAUCCUACACUUCAAUUGCUCUCAAAUGUUUUAACCCUAAAGAGUGGGUUUUCCACAGACUGGAAGCAACUAGAAAAAUCUUUGUGAAAAAUCUGAACAAAUUAUCACAAUGGCUCUCUUGAAAUUUUGCACUUUCACCCUUAUUAAGGAAAUUAUAAUUAGUUACUAACCUUUAAAAAUAGGUAUAUUCUAAUAGGAUAGAAAGUUAACUUCCUGGCAAACAAAAUACGAAGAUCUCAGGGACUACUGCAGGAAAAUACCUUUUUUGCACAUUAAAACGUUUAUAAAAUUUUCCUCUCUCAUUUCAAAUGCAUGGCAGGAAUAACAUUUUUGGUGGUCUUUAAUGUAAUGGACAGAUUUACUGUCACAUUGAUUUUAUGGAAAAUAAAUUGGCUAUCUUAUUUUUAUACUAAUCUUAUUUUUCUCAAAACAAAAAUCCUAACCAAAAAGUUGUCAUUAAAAAAAAAAAAAAAAAGCAGGUUGACUGAAUGUUUUUCUGCUCUAACCUUAAAUGUUAUUAGGUUUGGUUUUUGUUUCUAAGCUAGUUCAAGACUCCCCAAGGUAAUAAUGGUAAACUUUAUUAUUCGGAAUUCAAUUAAACUGACUUCGGCA